UGGAGUCCACCUUAGCAUUUUGAUCCAAACCGAAUCUGAUAUGGUGACGAUAUCUGAUGGAAUCUUAUCACUUGGACAACAAAGCGUGGUGGUGCCUUACAUCAACACUCGGCUACACAUCACUCGGUUUGGGAUGGGACUCAAGAUCGCCCUACGCAAUCCUGGUAUAAAGAUAAUCUGGGCCCAAGACGUCUUGUUGGUGGUGGUUGGCAGAGGUGCUCGUGCUGGCAUGUGUGGACUUUGUGGAAACUUUGAUGGUCAAAAAGAGCUGAGUGCUAAUUAUGAAAAUAUGGACUUGCUGGCAUACGCGUACCCACAGAGACUGAACCAGGAGUGUGAGGUGAAGAGUGGCCCAGUGUGUUCUGAACCUUGGAUGUGGAGCACCUGCAGUUUGGCAGUACAGCGCAUGGGUCCAUGUGACGUGCCUGCAUCUGGCUUCGUGGCGAUGUGCAUGAACGAGCAGUGUCAUUGCGAAAACCAAACCAUGUGUGGCUGCCCCUCGCUCACCGCCUUCUCACUCGAGUGCGUCAUCGGAGGUGCCACUUUGGCCUCCUGGCGGACGUCGAACCUCUGUGCGCCCCAGGAUUGUCCUGGUGACCUUGUAUACGAGGAGUGUGGCUCCACCUGCCCACAAACCUGUGCCAACCCCUUCCAGCCCAUGUGCCAGGGUUGUGUACCUGGCUGUUUCUGUCCACCUGACUCUGUGCUAACCGUGAGCAAUGGGACUACCUGCGUGUUCCUAAGCGACUGCAACUGCACUCUGAAUGGAGACGUGUACGCCCCUGGUGCCAUUUCUCAACAGGGUUGUCGAAGCUGUGUGUGCGAGACUGGCCAAUGGAGCUGCAAUUCCCUGCCGUGUGCCGAUGGUUGUUCCCUGGAGGGUGGCUCCAACUUCAUCACGUUUGACCACAAGUCAUUCAGCUUCAAUGGGAACUGCUAUUACUACCUUUCCAUGAGUGCUGAUUGGGUCAUUGAAGUUCUACUCCGACCAUGUUCGUCAUUUCCAGUAGAAAGGGCUUGCUUGAAGAGCGUGACUCUGAAAUCUCAAUCGAUGUCCUAUGAAUUCAAAAGCAAUGGCAACAUCCUAUCCUCUAAAAUGAUUGUCCCGCUGCCUCACGAGUCCGGCAAAAUCUCAAUUUAUAAGACCUCUUCAAUGUUCCUGCAAGUGUUCACGUCAUUUGGCCUAAAAAUGCAGGUGCAGAUCUCUCCCAGCAUGCAAGUGUAUAUUACACUGCCUGAAGAAUUUAGGGGCCAUACAAAAGGGCUGUGUGGAAACUUCAAUGGAGUUGCUACGGAUGACUUCAUGUCCAGCCAGGGCCUGGUGGAAGGCACGGCUGUUGUGUUUGCCAAUUCCUGGAAGGCAAGCUCUGAUUGCGAGGACAUUGAUACAGUGGUUCAAGAUCCGUGCCUACUCAACAUGGCCUCAGCGGAAAGCGCCGAGCGCAAGUGUUCCAUUUUACGAGCACCUUCUGGAGUAUUUGCACAAUGCCAUCACCUACUAGACCCCUACAGAUACUACAAGAGGUGCAUGUCAGAUGCGUGCAGCUGCCCAGCAGGCCAGGAUUGUGUGACGGAGACUCAGUUUGCCUAUGCCCGUGCCUGUGCAUCCAAGGGCAAUGUGCUGCAUGGAUGGAGGAGAGCCACUGAUUCACUGGUGGGGUGUCUACAGAACCAGUUGUUUAGUUACGCCAGUGAUGGCUGUAAACGAACAUGCCGCUCUCUGAGCAACCAAGGUGUAGCAUGCACCGUGACUGAUGUGCCUGUGGAAGUUACUGUAAGAAUGGAAUACUGCGUUGCCAAGAUUACCCAGGUAUGA